AUGGAGCCUCUGCAUCCCCGCCCCGGGGAUAAAUCUAUGGAUCUAGAGCUGCAGCAAGACGCACUGGAGCUGCAGGAGAGUCAGAGUAUUCAGAAUCCUCAGCAGCAGCAGUUUCCUAAUGGGUUCGUGCAACACCAAGCAGCCGAUCUUCUUACUGAACCACAGCAGCAGCAGCAGCAGCAGCAGCAGCAGCAGCAGCAGCAGCAGCAGCAGGAGCAGUAUCUGCCUCAAACAGAGUUAUUUCAGAGCGUUGAGGGCCCCCGUCGCGCUCGUCGUCAAUCCUUUACUCUUCAGUCUCUACCUAUGCCUGGCCCGGGGCCCCUGCAGGUCCCGGGGCCCCUGGACCUGGAGCUGGUGCAGGGGGCCCCCCACGAGGUACUGCCGCAGCCAAAGAGGAUAGAGGGGGCCUCCCCACUGGGUGGUUCUAGCAGCACGUUGCUGGGGCCCCCCGCCCCUUCUUCUUUCCCUUUGCUGCAGCAGCUGCAGGAGGCACCAACAAACCAAAGCGACUGUAUAGCUCCUCUUUCUAUCGUUCCUCUUCCUACUUUUGUUGGGGUUCCUCUCCCUGUAUCUACAGAACAAAACAAAGCCCCACCAGCUGCUGCUGCAUGCACCUCGCCGCACUCUCUCUCCGUCUCACUCACUGUGCUGCAGCACCCCAAAGACCCUACCAGCCCAACAGCACCAUCUGUACCUGCAGCAGCAGCAGCAGCAGCAGCAGCAGCAGCAGCAGGAGCAGGAGCUCCGCAGCAAAGCGUGAAAGAAGCAGGAGGAGGAGGGGGGGGCCCCCGGCUUGCUGCUGAGCCGCUGCUGCCGCUGCUGCCGCUGCUGCUGGAGAGUUCUGCUGAGGGGGCCCCCCCCUGGCCCGUCCCCGAGGCCCCCGCAGCAGCAGCAGCAGCAGCAGCAGCAGGGAGGUGUACAGACACCCCAGUGCUAUUGAUGGUUCUUUGUAUGAAACAGCAGCAGCAGAAACAGAAGAAGAAGCAGCAGCAGCAGCAACUGCAGCAGCAGCUAUAA